CCACUACUGGUCACUAGGCAGCUACCCAUUCGGUUCCCGGGUAACCCUCGUCCAGAAAAGUAGAGAGAAAUCCGUGUCUGGCGUCGGUGCUGGGAAAUUGCCGACUAAUCACCGCGAAGUUCGUCGUUCACCUGUGGGUUCCGAGGAAGUGCGCCAUGGGUACGAAGAACUUUGUUUCGCUAUCAAUGGACAGUGCGUUUUGUUUGCGUUACCUGUACAAGACAGCCUGCUGCAAUCACCGAGGAAAGCGGAUAAAUAGUUGAUCGACAGGCGGAAAAGACGACACAAUCCCUCAGCCCUCCAGGAAAAGAGCUAAGCAGUCUUUUGAAGUUUUGUCGCUCCCGGCCGGAAAACAAGAUGGCAGUGAAUGUACCCUCCUCCUCCAGACAACUUCUGUCUGCAUUUGCAUUGGCAAUGGUGAUGUUUGCGCAGCUAAGAUCUUCUAGUGCGUCGCCAUCUGCAGCAUUGCAUCCGAGAAGGCAGAACGAUGACGGCCUUCCGGGCCACUCCGGCCGGUCACGCCGCUCAGAUGCGGCAGCAGGAUCGUCGACAGGCAGUAUGUGCAAGUCACUGGGUAAACUUUACAGCGAGGUGUUCGCGCAGAAGCCGGUCGCCUGCUCGCUUCUCGACUCUUUCUCAAACGUAGAGGCCCCGGCUAGGUCGCUCGCGGAGCAUUUGUUCCUCGGCUUGUCUCGCCUGAGCAUAUCGAAGAAACCCUCGCCUCUCCUGAAGGUUCAUGUUACUGGCGGAGGAGAGAAUCCUAUGGUCGACUACAAGAAACAGUCUCUCUACCUUGCUGGCAUACUUCGUCACAUGACCACGGAGGAGAUACCGGUGUUGCUGGCCAAUCACAGAGCAAGACUGGAGGAACACAGCGGCUCUGCAGCCAAUACACUGGCCAAGCGAACACACCUUCCCGUCAUCAAGAGACUGCUGCAGAAAGGCAGACAUCUUGCACAGCACUCCAUGCGUAAACUUUCAAUUAUGACUGGAACAUCACCGGCUGAGACUGAGAGAGCUGCUGUCACGUUAGCCCGGGAUACAGUUCAGCAGGUGAUGGCCCGUCGUCAAGACAAGCCCAAUCUUGUGCAAUCCCACUCUAUUCUUGUGACGUACUGCUCCACUCUGAGCGCUAUGGCGGAGUCACUGCAAGGCGUGAUCGCCGGUGCCUGCUGAUGGAGUCAUGAAUGGCGCGAACACUCAGUGGCCUUGACUGUCAAUUUGAACUUUGUGCCGCGUAUUCCUAAUAAUUCCCUGGCAGUGUUAACUGCUGAAGUUGCCAGGCCUUUCUCAGGAUUUUGGCGACUUCUCCGGCAUCCGGAAAUGGCCAAUCGUCCACUUGCACCAGUACAGUGUGAUGUCAUUGGGACUGUGCCGGGCCGCACAACUACAGUGUACAUAACGCCUUGCAGCCCUGUCUAGUGUCUGCUCAGUCGGCUGUCAUCAUGCUGGGUGACCAAUGCCACACAGAAUGCCGAGCCCCACUAGUGCAGUGUACUUCAAGGCCUUGCUUGGUGGCUCCCUUCAAAGAUUUCCUGUCAUGGGCGACCCGGUUCAGAGACUGAUGUGAAGAGUCAGUCUGACCUCAGUCGACUGUAAUCGGUAGCAGUUAUCUUCUGUACAUAUUCUAAGCUGAAGGAUGAUGAGAUUUGAAGCGGGUCACGUUUCUUGCAUGCUGCUGCCCGGCUGCCGCUGUGUGUGUGUGUGUGUGUGUGUGUGUGUGUAUGUAUGUGUGUGUGAACUGCCGGAGCCUUGAUUUGCCAUAAUAUUCCGGCACUUCCGAACUUCAAUGAUUCAGAAUCAUGAUGCCAUAUCCCGGUCUCUACUGUGCACUCCUUCACCAUCAAUGCCUCAUGGUGUAGCCCGGCGUAGCUCUAUUUAUUGCAAACUUGAUUCAGUAGGAGGUUCUGGUUUCAAGCAAGCGCUCUUCAGUCAAUGCUCACGGCUGCAUUUCACUUUUACAAACACUAACUCAUGUCAUCUUUCUCUAUAGUGACAUUACCGGCAAUGUUAUCCUUGAAUGAUGAUUGAAUUUUAUUGGA